GUCACCGAUGUGCCAUCCCAGGAAAGCCGCCUCUCAGAACAGGAACAUGAGUCGGCCAAGGCAGACAGUGACAAUGUCUUUCUCAUCAGGGCACAAGGAUUCCCCUUCUCCUGCACCGAGGAGGAUGUGCUUACGUUUUUUGAUAGCUGUAGAAUUCGAAAUGGUGAGAACGGCAUACACUUCCUCUUAAACAGGGAUGGGAGGCGCAGGGGGGAUGCCCUGAUCGAGCUCGAGUCCAAAGAGGAUGUCCAGAGAGCCUUGGAAAAGAACCUGAGGUACAUGGGCCCACGCUACGUGAAAGUUUUUGAAGUACACGACAGCGAUGUGGAGGGCUUGCUGCGGAGUCUGCGGGAUGAGUCACAGGCCAUGAAUGAUGGAGUGGUGCUACUCCGAGGCCUUCCGUUCAGCUCUACAGAGGAGGAUAUAGCAGAUUUUUUCUCAGGUUUGAAAAUAACAGAGAUCGUUUUCGUGUACCGGGGAGAGAGAAGAACAGGAGAAGCUUUUGUGCAGUUCGCAGCUCCCAGCAUGGCAGCCAAAGCCCUGCUGCGACACAGGGAGUACAUGGGCAGUCGGUACAUCGAGGUGUACGUCAGCAGAAAGCAUCACAUGCAAAGGCACAUGCCUUACGACAGGCAGCUGGUGGCCUACCCCCAGGCGAGACGAGACCACGAGCCACUGUCUGAACAGAGGGGAGCGGGCAGCACUGGGGGCUCCAACACAGAGAGAGAAAACAAUCUGGGCAGGGACAGAAUGGAAAGCUCCAGGCAGAGUUUGGAAUCUGCGAGUGUCUCAUCACCACUACACUUUGUCCACAUGAGGGGGUUUCCUGCCCAAGCAAGUGCCCAGGACAUCAUCAAUUUUUUUGCCCCGCUGAAGCCCACCAGGAUCACAGUGGAAUACAGCUGCCCUGGCGAGGCCAUGGGAGAAGCAGACGUGCAUUUUGCAAGCCAUGAGGACGCAGUGGCAGCGAUGGCCAAAGAGGGGUCGCAGCUGCUGUUUCCAAUUUCUACUAUUAUUGAAGACAAGAUAGAAUACAAUGCUUUUGAAAAAAGGGAAGCACUGAGCUUAGGUAGUGAUUUUUCUUCUCUACCUUUCCAGGCCAAAGCGAAGACAUUCCUUGGGUACAAGCAUGAAGAUGCAGGACGAGUGUCGCUGCUCAGCAAUGAGGAUGAACUGUAUAAACCCCUAGUUUACUAG